AUGUGGACUCUUGUAUUUUUAUUCUUCACUGUCCUGAGCAAAGCUGAUACCUCCAGAUGCAAAGAUUACUAUGUGGAUGUGGGAGCUUUUUGUGUUCAGCUAGUGAAAACAGAGGUACCUUUCCCAGAUGCCAAGGAGCACUGUAAGGGGUUUGGAGGAAAGUUAGUUCAGAUCUCGAGCCUGGAGACGCUGAAAAAUCUGAUGGACCUCCUGCAGGAUGGAGAUGGCUACUGGGUAGAGGUAUCACCCACUUUAACUGGUCAGUUGCACAAUCAGGACCAUGAUCAAGGUUAUUCAUACAACAAGGGUCCCCAUGCCUCGGAACUCUGUCAUAUAAUAUUCAAGGACUCCCAACUUCGCCGGGUAAACCCUCUGAAGUGUGAAGAUAAGAUUGCAUUCAUCUGUGCUCACAAUCAUGUCCAACCUCAGAAACCAAAACGUGAUAUCCGCUCAUGGUGUCAGAGAUUUUGCUUUCAAUCACGAAAAGCGGCCACCACAAAGAAACCACCAGCAACGCCACCACAGGGCACGGUCCCGCCACCCAAUCUGGAAGUCAUUAACCCAGCCCAGUUGAACAACAUGAGCCUAGCAAAGGCUAUAAAGACUACAGAAGAACUAGUGAACCAGCUUCAGAAUGUGGUGAAAGAUAUUUGGAUUGUGCCCCUUGUGGCAAAGGCCUCUGACAUUCUGACACAGCUAAUGACAUCCAGUAAUUUCCUAACGCCGUCUGCUCAGGUCAAUGCCAGUGAUGUCCUGCUGCUCUUAUCAGAGCAGUUCUCCAACACCAUGUACCUGGCCACCAAUAUCUCUAUGGAGAAUGUCUCGGAUUCUGCAAAUUCUCUUUUCCAAGCCUUUGACAGGACAAUGAGAGCCUCCUUGGAGAACUAUUAUAACCUUACCGCAGAGCAGGUGAACCGUAUACACGACUCAUCAUUUUUAUCUGUGGACAACAUUGAAUACACACUUUUGACAAUCUCACAAAGAGGCCUACAGAGUUAUUCCUUCUCUUCCUCUGUAUCCAGCCUGACAGUGGCCAGGGUCAACGCCACAGAUCUGAUUACAAAAUCAUUCACAACAGAGGAGCCUGCAGUGUCCCGGGUAACCUUCCCAGUUUCAGCUGUCCCACAAAAUGUGAAUGACAGCCUCAAGCCUCUUAAUGUUCAGGUGCUUGCCAUGUCUAUAAACCCAUUUUGUUACGCCAGCGAUAAAGAGAUUAUAGGACCCGUGGUUAACAUCCAUCUGAGCAACGAUGAAGAAAGCCUUGAAAUUCACGACCUGUCAGAAUUUAUUAAGAUUGUACUGGUUAGAAAUGAGAGCUCCAGCAGCAACAAUCCCAAUGUAAAUCUCACAAAAAAUCAGAACAUGAGUGUGGCGGUAAAUGUGACCUCCGUGGAAGAGUCUUUAGUGGUGACAGUGAAACCGGAUAUCCCAGUUCCGCUUGUACUUUACCUUGGAUUCCAGGUGAAGGCCAACAGCAGUCAUUUCAUGGAGAACAUCUCAGUACCUAAUGGUAAGACAAAGGAGAGAGAUGAUGGGUAUACCUGGGUCCUGCCUCCAGAGAAACUUAAUGGCUCUGGCACAUACUACAUUACUGUCAGCAUCUCCAACCAAAGCAUAUGGAAUGAACAGGAGGUCAUGCCUUUCUUCAUCUCAGUCUUUGCCACACAGUGUGUUUACUGGAACUACAACCAGUCGGAAUGGAGUGAAGAUGGCUGCCAGGUGGGGCCGCAAAGUACCAUGACCGAGACCCAGUGUCUGUGUAACCAUCUGACGUUCUUUGGUAGCACCUUCUUUGUUAUGCCACACGUGGUGGAUCUCAGUGACACCCUAAGCCUCUUUGCCAAUGUAACGAAGAACCCUGUGGGACUGGCGCUUCUGGGAGCAUUGAUCGGGUUCUACCUGCUGGUUGUAGUUUGGGCAUGGAAGAAGGACAAGGAGGAUGUGAAAAAGGUCAGGGUGGCUAUACUUACAGACAAUGACCCUGCAUUUCACUUUCGAUAUGUGAUUAAAGUCUGCACUGGGUAUCGUAAAGGCGCUGGCACCACAUCCCAGGUUGUGAUGAUGCUCUAUGGAUCCGAAGGGCAAAGCGACCCCCAUAUUCUGAGUGAUCCUGAGAAGGAAGUGUUUACCAGGGGAGCAGUAGAUGUUUUCCUCUUAAAAACACGGUUUCUGGGGGAACUGCACAGCUUGAGACUGUGGCAUAGUAACUCUGGUAGCAGCCCAUCAUGGUAUGUGCACCGUGUCUCUGUUACGGAUUUAGCUGCCCAAAAGACUUGGUAUUUCCUCUGUGACUCCUGGCUGGCCUCUGACUUGGCCGAUUGUCAACUGGACCGAAUCUUUCCCUCUGCUUCCAAAGGUGAUCUCAUGUCUCUUAGGUAUUUGCUCUUAUCAGGCUCGGUUGAGAAGUUUUUGAAAGAUCACCUGUGGCUGUCUGUUUGGACUCGCUGCCCUUGGAGCCCUUUCACCCGCGUGCAGAGGAUUUGCUGCUGUAUGAGUCUUCUUUUCUGCAGUCUUGUCAUUAAUAUCAUGUUCUGGAACCUGCAACCGGAUGAAGAUUCUGAGCCAGGACAGUUCUUUAUAACACUGACCCAGAUUAAGAUAAGUUUUCAGUCUUCCUUGAUGUUGGUACCAGUGAAUCUCCUGAUUGUUCAGAUGUUUCAGCUCAUCCAGGUGCAAAUAAAGCAAGUGAAUAUUCCCCAAAAUAAACUUCGUGUGACUCUUGCACCAAAGCCUUGCUCCAAAGAGGCAUCAACAGAACAGCUUCUCAAGGAUUUAAAAGACAUUGUUGACUUUCUUCAUAAGUACAUCAUUCAAGUAUUGGGUGAGAAUCCCACGUAUCCAGAGGGUUCCAACAAACAGUUACCCCUAAAACAUCUAGAUGAUCUAUCUUACUUAAUACAAUCAUUCAUCUGUGUCCACAGACCCACUCAAGAGAAUUCUACACGUAUCAUUGUGAGGAGUCCUCAACAGUGUAUCUUCCUUCACUACCUGUACAGAGUACUGGAAAACCUCAUGAUUGAGGUCUCGUCUGUGGAUUUAUCCUACGUCUCUAAGCCAUCUGACUACAUUCAAGCCGCCAAUGUUAUAUACGACCUAAGGGAACAUCUCCAAAAUGAAAAUGUGACAGGGGCUACUCUCCCCAGCAGCCUCACCACCAGUUUUCCAGUGACCACUACACAGAGGACACGGUGCAGUCGCAUGCCCAAGGCUUUCACAUACAUGUGCUGGGUCUUCCUGUUUGCAAUCAGCGCCUUCUCUGCCUACUACAUGGUCCUUAUAAGCCUAGACAUGACCAAAGAGAAGGCAACCAGUUGGCUUAUUUCCAUGCUACUGUCUUUCUUUCAAAGCCUCUUUGUGCUCCCACCUAUAAAGGCUUUGGCACAAAUGGUCAUCCUAUUCCGAGUGCUGAGGAAGAGUAACAUUGAGGACACCAGUGAAGAGCAGCAACUCCACGGAAUUCUCUCUUUGCUUGCAAGUCGUCCUGACUGGGAACUCUCUGGCUGGAGGGACCAAAAUAAUCCCGUGUACCAAGCACCUGCCAAUAAAGAUAUCGUCAGCCUCAAGAAGCAGAAAAUAAUGGAGCGGAAACUCUAUACACUAAUCCACGACAUAAUAGUUCAUAUUGUGUUCCUGGUUGCUACAAUGAUUGCGACUUAUGCUGAGAGGAGUCCUAAUGAGUACAUGCUUAACAAGGCCAUGCAAAGCAGCUUCUCAGACACGUUCAGCAACAUUAGAAGCAUUGAGGACUUUUACAGCUGGUCAUGGGGCACGCUGUUACCAAACCUCUACGGUAACUACCCGGGAUUUAUCACGGACGGUAACUCUUUCUUGGUGGGUUCUGCACGGAUCCGUCAGCUACGAAGAGUCCUGAACAGCGCCAGCAACCAGGCCCUGUACGAUUCAGAGGACACUGACAGUUAUGGACCAGGCUGGGUGCCUCUCCGCGGCGUUGGCAAUCAGGAAAGUUGGUGGGUGUACCACACAGAAACGGAAUUAGGAGGAUACCCCAUCUGGGCACAGUUGGGCACAUACUCAGGAGACGGAUACGUGGUGGAACUAGGGAUGAACAGCAGCUCAGCUUCCAGUGUUCUUACGCAGCUAAAGAAGUACAACUGGCUGGACAGUUACACCAAAGUGAUCUUCUUGGAGUUCAAUGUGUACAAUGCAAAUGUAAACCUCUUCUGUCUUGCAACCUUAAUCCUGGAGGUCAACGUGAUAGGUGACUUCUCUCCCUCAGCUGACCUUCAGACAAUGCGUCUUUAUAAGGACACCUCGGGACAGCUGAAUGUGCAGUUUAUCAGUGAUAUGGUCUUUGUUGUCAUCUUCUUGUAUAUCGUUCUACAUCAGAUUUUACGCCUGAAAACCCAGAAAUGCUCCUACUUCCGCAACUACAGAAACCUACUCGAUUUGAGCAUUGUGGCCAUCAGCUGCUGUAACACCGGUCUAUACGUGAAGAGGAAACUUCUGCAUCAGAACGUUAUCUAUCGCUACCAUCUGGACCACACACGUUUUGUCAGUUUCUACGAAACAGCCGUCAUCGAUAGUGCUCAGGGCUAUGGCAGUGCAUUUUUAGUUGCCCUGAUGAUAGUUAAACUGUGGCGCCUGCUGAAUUUGAAUCCCAAUUUGCACCUGAUCACGAUGACUCUUCGGAAGGCCUGGACCGAGAUCGGUGGCUUUUUGUUCACAAUUCUUAUUCUAUUAAUUGCAUAUUCUAUCACGUGCAACCUCUUGUUUGGAUGGUGCAUUUCUAGCUACAGGACCGUCUUGGAAUCUGCUGUGACCAUCAUUAGUCUUCUAAUUGGCAUUUUUGAUUAUGAAGAAGUUUUGACACUAGAUCCAGUCCUUGGUUCACUGCUCAUUACCACUUGUGUCAUUUUCUUAAUCUUUGUGGUGGUGAACAUCUUUUUGUCAGCCUUGCUAGGGGUAUUUUCCCGGGAGCGUCAGUGCCCGACGCCCUAUGAAGAGAAGGAAAUUGUGGACCUCUUGUUACUGAAACUAUCAGGGCUAUUUGGAAUACGUAAAAAGCAAAGCAAGUCACAAGAAGAAGCUAAAGACAAGGAGAUGUGAACCACGACUCUCGAAUUAUCA